UCUAGAUGACACCUGCCAAAUCAAAGCAGAGGCUAAAGGAGUAUCCACAACGGCUAAUCUUUUGGUUAUAGAGGCUGAUCCAUACUUCACAGUUAAAUUACAAGAUUAUACUGCAGUUGAGAAAGAUGAUGUAACCUUAUAUUGUGAAUUGAGUAAAGAUGUACCUGUGAAAUGGUACCACAAUGAUACUGAAAUCAUUGCCUCUAAAGUGGUCACAAUACAGGCUGAUGGAAUAAAGAGAAGCCUGUCAAUCAAAAGAGUGGAAAACAAAGAUGAGGGAACUUAUAUGUGUGAUUGUGGGACUGAUAAGACAAUGGCAAAUAUUACUGUUGAAGCUCGUGAAGUUAAGGUAGUCCGUCCCUUGUAUGGUGUGGAGCUGUUUGAUGGAGAGACAGCUCAUUUCGAGGUGGAAAUCUCUGAAGAUGAUGUUCCUGGCCAAUGGAUACUAAAUGGCGAAAUCUUGCAGCCAUGCCCUGACAUUGAAAUUAUUCAGGAUGGGCCCAAGCAUAUUCUGACAAUGUACAAUUGCAAGGUUCCACAGUCAGGAGAAGUAACAUUCCAGGCCUUAAAUGCCAAAUGUACAGCUGGUCUGAAAGUGAAAGAUUUACCACUCACCUUCAUCACCCCACUUAGUGAUGUUCAAAUAUUUGAGAAGGAUGAGGCAAUGUUUGACUGUGAAGUGUCUCGGGAAAUCAAGAGCUUUCGGUGGCUGAAAGGAUCCAUGGAGAUUACAUCCGAUGAGAAGUUAGAGAUUAUUCAAGAAGGAAGAAGGCACAUCUGUCUAAUUAAAUGUGCUGGAUAUGAGGAUGAAGCCAAAUACACAUUUGAAGCAGAAGACAAGAGAACCACAGGAAAACUGACUAUCAAAG